ACAUGUGCCAUUGAGCAAAAAGUUUAUAUCGUGAUAGAGUAAUCGGUUGAUACUGGGAUAUGGUGCUUUUAUUGUUCUUGUCCACCAGGUAAAUCCUCCAUCUACUCAACGGGCUGUGUCGAUUCAAAGACCGAGAGCCGCAACACCCGGGAUCACAAUUUACGAUGGAGGCAAAAGCAAAAGAACGAGAGGCACUAGUCUCCGACACACAUGGCAAGGCUGCCCUUGACCAUGCUAUUGCAGCCGCAGAAUUGUAUAUGAACGCUGCCCAAGCAGCAUCUAGCCCAGAAGAGAAAACUCGACUUACAAAAAAGUGUCACUCACUUAUCUCGAAAGCAGAAGACCUUAAGAGAUCAAGUCAACCCAGAGGAAGUAGUAUCGCAGCCGUGGAGAAGCGCCUGAAGCUACCACGCCAGGCACGUCAGAUCCCCAAAAGCGAACAGGCUAUUCUCCUUCGCAGUUCUAGGCUUCACGGAAACAUAUUUCCACCAUGGGAAUCAGAUCUCGAACCGAAGGAAUUCAGUGGAAGCCUGUUCAGUGAUGCUGCUGAGUUUUCUCUAUCUUCACGUCAAAGAGCCGUCUUUGCGGGUUGGAAACGCCCUACAGAGAUCUUAAGCCAAGGGCUUCAAGCUGAUCAAACUAAUGACUCCUUAAUUGAGGCGCAAAACGACUAUGAUUUAGUCCAGGAUAUAACAACAGACUGCUCAGUCGUCGCAAGCCUCUGUGCCUGUAUGCGGCACCUACGACCGGGACCUAUGUCGAUUUUGCCUGCCCUGAUGUUCCCCGUCAGCCCCGAAAAUGGACAACCCAAACUCUCUGCCAAUGGGAAGUACGUAUUCCGAAUGUUUAUCAACGGCUGCUUCCGCAAAGUCGUCAUCGACGACCGGCUCCCGUCAUCUGCAACAGACCGCACGCUCUACGUCGUCGACCGGCAGAAUCCGAGGCUCAUAUGGCCGGCGCUCAUGGAGAAGGCCUACCUCAAGGUCCGCGGUGGCUAUGAUUUUCCUGGGAGUAAUUCUGGCACUGACUUGUGCGCAUUGACGGGCUGGAUACCCCAGCAACUGUUCCUUCAGAGUGAUGACCUAGACUGGGAACGCACAUGGAAGCGUGUCAAGAAAGCUUACGAUUACGGUGAUGUAGUGGUCACUCUAGGAACGGGACGGCUCUCACUCGACGAAGAAGAGACAUUGGGGCUGGCUGGCGAACACGACUACGCCGUUCUCGACAUGUCCGAAACAUCCGGAAAUAGAAGACUGCUGGUCAAAAACCCUUGGUGCGACGGCCUCGUUUGGAAAGGUGUUGGAUCAUCCGAAGUUUCAUCCUCGCGAGCGACAGACGACCACCCGACCAAGCUAAAACCUGGAUCUUUCUGGAUUAGCUUCGACGACGUGACGCAGAACUUCGAAUCGCUCUACCUGAAUUGGAAUCCAAGCCUCUUCACCGAGCGCCAGGACCACCACUUCUCCUGGCAGCUCCCUGAUGCCACUAUGAUCGGCGGCUCUUGCCUAGCCCAUAAUCCACAGUACUCUAUGACAGCCUCUGCCGACGGCAGCAUUUGGAUCCUGCUGAGUCGGCAUUUCCAGGACGACGAGCUCAACAUUAUGCGCAACCACCGUGCUGGCACCACCCAUGCUACUUUCCAUGUCGAGGACGAUGCUCCCUACGACCCUAGCACUACUCUCGCCGAAGUCUCCAGCAAACUCGGCUUUAUGAGCAUAUACAUUUUCGAUGACCACUCCGGCCAGCGCGUCUCCCUCAACACACGACCCGCUUACCGAAGUGACUACGUCGACUCCCCCCAGACACUCGCGGCCUUCGAAUCCAAGCGCGGCGUAACCUACACCGUCGUCGUCGCCACGCAAGAGCUCCCGCUCCCGAAAUAUUCCUUCACGCUCUCCUUCUUCUCCCGCAGCCCUUUGACCAUCGCCCCGGCCCCGUCGCCCUUCCGCCACUACGCCGACAUCAAGGGCUCCUGGACCCGCCGCACCGCCGGCGGCAACUCCGCCUCGUCGUCGUACCUGUCGAACCCGCAGUUCAGCCUCACCGUCUCGCGCGCCGGGCCCCUGAGCCUGCUCCUCAGCACGGCGCGCGACGAGAUGCCCGUCCACGUGGCGCUUGUGUGGGCCGGUGGCCGCCGCGUCGCGAGCGUCGGGAAUAGGGACCUCGCGCUCGCGAGCGGUGACUAUCGGCGCGGCUGCGCGCUGGCCGAGGCCAAGAACGUUGACGCCGGCACGUAUACCGUCGUCUGCUCUACCUUCGAGCCGGGCUACCUCGCCGACUUCGCGCUGCGCGUCGGUUCGAACGCGCCGUGUGCGCUAGCCGCCAUACCGGCCGACGCCGCGGGCAGGCUGCGCACGAGAUUGGCUGAUCUACCUACUUGUAUCCCCUCAAUAGCAGCAACGGGGGCGGGGUCGGGGGCAGGGGGGGAACCUCAUAAGAAAAAGCGCGCCGCCGUCUCCGCGGCGCGGUUGACGAGGGCUUGCGUCGUUAUCACGCGGAACACCGCGUCCCACGCUUCGUAUUCGGCCGGCACCACGACGCCGCGCCCCCAUCCCGCCGUCCGCGCGACCGUCGAGCUGGGCACGGGGCCCGACAGGCUGAUCCUCGCGUCUACGGACGGCAACGGCAGUUACAGCUACAACUACAAUUACGAUAACGGUAACAACCACAACAACAGCGCCCCCGAGUUCAAGGAGGUCGGCCCCAACGGCCUGCGGACGGGCGAGUUCGACAUCGACCCGCGGUCCAGCGGCCACGGCUUAUGGCUCGUCGUCGAGCUGCUGGGCUUGUACAAUGCGCCUACGCCUGGCGGCGGUGAUGGGCUGCAGGUCGAGAUACUGAGUGAAGGGCCCGUGAAUGCUGGGGGUUGGGAGGGCGUUGAUGAUUGACUUACUACUAGAUACUUAGCCAGAUUGCUAAAUCGGAUGUCUGCCUAGGAAGGUGAGAAGAAAUACUAUAAAAAUUGAAGAAUUACUGGUGAGGAGGAAGAAGAAGACAAAGGAGUAGAGACGAAUAAUGAGAUGAUGACGGGCGAUAAAUACUAUGCCGAACGAAGGAAGGAAUGGCAAGCCCGUACGUAGCUUGGCCUCGAGAGAAGUAGGGGAAAUUAGUAUAAAUGAACAACAAUACGAGGCCAAAAAAAUGGGACGAGGGAGUUUAGCUCGACGCGGCUUGAUUUUAUCUAUCUAUAUAUAACCUUAACGUCUGAUUUGAAUCUAUAAUUACGCGUAUCAAAUCUAUGCAUU